GCAAAUAAGCGACGUAAACACCUUGUAAACAUGGCUAAUAACCUUCCAAAAGCUAUUGCAGCAGCUCACACGUUUCUUCUGAAGCAUCCAGAUGAUGAAAUGAUGCAAAGAAAUAUGGCCUACUAUAAGAGCAUACCUGAUGCUGAGGAGCAUGUUAAAGACUUGGAGACAAAGCCUUAUGAGAAUCUCUUUGUCAGGGCUGUGAGAGCAUACAACGGUGACAAUUGGAGAACGUCCAUCUCAGACAUGGAACUGGCUCUUCCUGACUUCUUCAAAGCUUAUGAUGACUGUACAGCUGCCUGUGAAGGCUCCCGAGAGAUCAAAGAUUUUAAGGACUUCUAUCUCUCCAUAGCAG